UGGAUGGGUUCAUGGCACAUUACAUCAAUCGUUUGGCGCCGCGACAAGCCCAUUCGAUCCGCAGCGGCUAAUAAAAGCAGAAUUGUUUUGUGACUUUCGCGUUCUAUUCGAAGUAUUUACAAUUGUGUGUGUCGAAAUGUCGAACGACCGGACAGAGGCCGCCGAAUCAAAGGAACAAUGCAACGAGCACAACCUAGGACAUCUAGAACAGCCGAUGAGGCAAAGUGCUAACCAUCAAUACAAUCAAGGGCCGCCAAUAAAGCCAGGUAACAAUCAAAAUGAUCAAAACCCGCCAAUAAGGCCAGGUAAUAUUCAAGAUUAUCAAAGACCACCAAUAAGGCGUGGUAACAAUCAAGAUUUCCAAAGACUAUCAAUAAGGCAACAUAACAAUCCACGUAAUCAAAUAAGGCAAAGUGGAAAGAACCAGCAGAAUGAACAGCUGCCUAGAAGGAGAUAUGGUAACUACCAACAUCAUCAAAGACAACAAAGAAGGGAAACCAAGCGAGAAAAUGCGUCUGGUGGAAAGAGUUUUGAUUUAAAAUACUUAACUGAACUAGGCACAAAGAAUAGCGAUGAAAUAAUAACUGCGUUGGCAAAAAGGAAGGAUGAUUUUGAUAAAUUUUUAAAUGACGAUAUUCGCCCAGAUAUGUUUGUGCUAACAAUUCAAGUUUUAACCAAUCUUUGUCAAGCGAGUUUUGUUGAAAUGGUUACAAGUGUUCUAAGCAAUGCUUGUUCUGCAAAAUUCUUAAAAACUUUGCAGGAUUUUUUGGUUAAAUUACUCAUUGAGACGGAUAUGGACAAACAUCGAAACAAACUGUAUCAUGAAGAUAAAAACAAGUUUUGGUCUAAUUUGAGUAAAUUUUUCAAAAAAGUUAUUGAACUUCUUCCUAAUAAAGCUCGUGAUGAACUGGCGCCUAUCUUAGAAAGAGUAACUAAAAUGUUUACAAUCAUUGAAGAGAACCAAAAUUUUCGAAUUGACGAAAAAGUCAAGAAUGAUCUCCUAAAUAUGGCCAAAGACUUUCAAGAAGAAAUUCAAAGAAUUGAAAAAAAGAAUAAAGAUCGUGAAACAAGUCCAGGUAUAGCUGAACCUGAAAUAGAACAAGAACCACCUGAAAACUUUAAAUCACUGAGUGUCAUACCAACAAUGCAAGAUUUGCUCGACCAAAAACCUUACAUUAGGAAGUGCAAAGUCAAAGAUGCGUACACAUCAGUUGAACAUUACUUGGACGUGCAGUUCCGUUUGUUGAGGGAGGACUUUAUAUCACCAUUGCGAAAUGGAAUAAAUGAAUAUUUGUAUUCAGAUAAGAAGCAUAGAAAUCAAGAAGUUCGAGUUUAUCUAAAAGUCACUUUAGAACGUCCCGAUAUUUCCGAAAAUAUUGUUGGUAUUAUAUUAAAAUUUGGAGUGAUAAAAAGUAUAAAUUGGCGGCGUUCCAAGCGUUUUAUGUAUGGAGGAUUACUGCUUCUCAGUAGUGACAAUUUCAAAACUGUUCUGUUCGUUACUGUUGCAAAUAGAGAUGAAAAACAGCUUGAAAAGGGAUAUAUUUUAAUAGAACCUUGUGAAGGAACCUCAAUCACCCGAGAAAUGUAUAAAAUGACUUUUGUUAUGCUGGAGUCAAAGAUAUACUUUGAGCCUUACUUGGCAGUGUUAACUGCUAUGCAGCAUAUGAACGAGGAAAAUUUUCCAAUGGAAUCUUAUUUAGUACGUGGAGACACUACCCAACGACCGCCAAGAUACCUUGCAGCUGCUGGUGAGAGAAGAAUUUUAAGGUACAAAAAUUGGGAUUUACCAGUUGCCUAUAACGAGCCUUGGCCGACCGCCAAUGAAAUGGGUCUCGACGAAUCACAAUUCAGAGCUUUCAGAUGCGCUUUGACUCAAGAUUUUGCAGUGAUACAAGGACCGCCCGGCACAGGAAAAACAUUUAUCGCGCUGGAGAUCGUUCGCACUUUGUUGACCAAUAAGGCUUAUUGGAAACACUACGGACCGAUUGUCGUCGUUUGCCUAACGAAUCAUGCUUUGGAUCAAUUCUUAGAGGGCAUCCUCAAAGCCACCAAGUCCAUAGUUCGCAUCGGCAGUCGAUCAAAGAGUGAAGCCAUGAAACCAUACACAUUGAUGGAAAGAAGAAAGACUGUCAAACCUCCAAGACAACACGACGCAAUGGCAGUUAUGUACGAAACGAAACGCGAGCUGGAAACUGUUUUGAGCUUGAUGAAAAAAGCGCGUACUUGCAUUCAUCUUUUACUCACGGAAAAUGGUAUAGUACCGUUGGCUUGUCUCGAAAUGUAUUGCGACGAUGAAAUACUACAAAGCUUUGCCUCCGAUGAAGAAUUGGUAAAGUGGCUUAUAGGUAGCGAGAUAACGUUGACUCUGCUCCCUGAAAAGCCUGCAAUGUUACAAGAGCAGCCAGAAGACGACCAGGGAAUGGAUCCUAUUUUCCCUGUGAAAAGUUUAAAUGUCAUAAUCGCAACGGUUCAGCAAGAUAUAUAUGAAUGCUUGUCUAGACGCCAAUAUCUUGAUCAUACUAUACAGUUAAGAGAAUAUCUUGGAGUAUUAUUGGCUCAGAAGGUGUCCUUGGAACGUAAAUUAGCUCAGCACCCAUUGCUGCAUGAACAGCGCCAUCCUGCUAGUAAUAGGCGUUGGAGAAUGUACUGGCGCUGGGUGAGGACUAGUCACUUUAAAGCAAUGAAUGAAUUAACUCAACUCGAGCGAAGGUAUCAAAGACUAAAUUCCAAGUUGAACGAAGCCAAGCAAAUUGUGGACUUGGUUGUACUCAGAAAGCAUGAUAUAGUGGGACUAACAACAACUGGCGCGGCGAAGUUGCAUGCAUCCUUGCGUGCCCUUAAAGCUCCAAUAGUAUUGGUAGAAGAAGCCGCCGAAAUUCUCGAAGCCCACGUUGUCUGCUCUAUGACCAGUAACUGCCAGCAUGCUAUUCUUAUAGGAGACCACAAGCAGCUGAGACCAAAGGCGUCGGUGUAUAAGUUGGGCAAAGAUUUCAAUUUGAAUAUCUCGCUGUUCGAGAGAAUGGUCAACUUGAGAGGCGAUUGCGCUCAACUCGCGCAUCAGCAUCGAAUGCGACCUCAAUUUGCCAAAUUAUUAACGCCGUCGAUUUACGAAACCUUGUACAAUCAUAGCUCGGUCAAUGAACGGCAGAAUAUCAAGGGAAUGAUGAAGAAUCUCUUCUUCCUACACCACGAAAAUCACGAAAGUAGUCAAAACAACGAAGAGAGCUAUGCAAAUAAGCAUGAAUCGGAGUUUUUAGUAGUGUUUGCAAGACAUCUAAUUCUGCAAGGUUACGAUCCUUCAGAAAUCACUAUCCUUUGUACCUACACUGGUCAACUUUUUUCUCUUAUGAAGGAAACAGAUCGAUACGCAGUUUUAAAACCGAUGCGAGUGACGACUGUAGAUAAUUUUCAGGGAGAGGAAAAUAAAAUAAUCCUCUUGUCUCUGGUACGCAACAAUGAAGAAGGUAACAUCGGAUUCCUCAAGGAGGAAAACCGAGUUUGCGUCGCGUUAUCGCGUGCUCGCGAUGGCAUGUACAUCAUGGGCAACAUCCAUAAUCUCGAGAUGAAAAACACCAUUUGGCCGAAAAUCAAGAAGGUUCUGGAUGAAGAAAACGCCAUAGGCAACGCUCUCGAAUUGAGAUGCGAGGUUCAUCAUGAUCAAAUCACAUUGAUACGAGAUGUGAACGAUUUUCUAAAAUGCCCGGAGGGUGGCUGCUUGAAAAAGUGUGAAUUGGCCCUGGCCUGCGGACACACUUGCACAAGCGUUUGCCACAUAUUGGAUCGAGAACACUUGGAGUACCGAUGCAAGGAAUCGUGCAUUAAGAGUUGCCCAUACGAUCAUCCUUGUCCGCUGAAAUGUUGGGAAGACUGCCAACCAUGCAAAGUCAUGGUAAAACGGGAGCUUAAGUGUGGGCAUAUUGUAGAUAUGCAGUGCUUCGCGGAUCGCUGCUAUGUUCAGGUCGACGCUACAUUGCCAGACUGCAAUCACGUCAACCAGAAGCCGUGUCAUCUUCCCAUCAAAGAUGUGAUAUGCACUGCUGCUUGCGAGAACCGCUUGCCGUGUGGCCAUGUGUGUCUGUGGAAGUGUCACGUUAACAAAGACCCGGAACAUAUCGAGUACAAGUGCUACAGAGAUUGCGCUCGGAUUUAUGAUAAUUGUGAGGGAAAUCAUAUGUGUCAGAAACGUUGCUACGAAGAAUGCGGGCUGUGUCCAAUAAUUGUUGCGAAAACCCGGUCCUGCGGACAUCGUUUCAAGCAAUUUGUGUGCUCGAAGAAUGUAGAGGAAAUUGAGUGCAACAGACCUUGCAAGCGCAAGUUAAGCUGUGAUCACAAGUGCCCAUUGAAAUGCUGCGAACCAUGCGGAAGCUGUCAAUUCCCGGUAAAAAAGUUGAGUCCCUGCAACCAUAUCGUGAAAGUAAAAUGCAGCGAAGAACCAUCGCCAUCUAAAUGUAGCGGCAAGUGUCCUAAAUUAUUACCUUGUGGACACCCUUGUACUAACAAAUGCAAAGAGGCUUGCACUUCAGACUGCAAGGUCUUGGUUAAGCUAGGAAAACCUGCACUGUGUGGGCACUCUUUGCAAGUACCAUGCUAUCUUCAAAAGACAGAUCCAAACUCGCGAGAAUUAUUGAAGUACUGCAAAGCACCGUGCAAAGUCGAAUUGGAGUGCAAACAUUUAUGCAAAGGAAAGUGUGGUUCAUGCCUACAGGGACGAAUACACAUAAACUGUGCUGAGCCUUGCAACAAUAUUCUUAUUUGUGGACAUCAGUGUGAAGUGCCCUGCAGACUGGAAUGUCAGCCUUGUAGCAAAAGAUGUGAACUGAAAUGCUCCCAUAGUAUAUGCGGCAAAAAGUGUGGAAUUCCAUGUGUACCCUGCAAGGAAAAAUGUUCGCGCGGUUGUAAGCAUCGUCAAUGCUCGAAACGUUGCUCAGAACUAUGUGAUAUUGAGCCAUGUAACGAGCCAUGCCAAAAAUUAUUAAAGUGCAAGCACCCUUGUGUUGGAUUAUGCGGCGACCCUUGCCCACCAUUGUGCCGAAUCUGCGAUAAGGAAGAGUUAACAGAAGUGUUCUUUGGUGAGGAAGAUGCGCCAGAUGCAAGGUUUGUCUUUUUGGAAGAUUGUCAACACUGCAUAGAAAGUAAAGCGCUGACUAAGUGGGUGGAGGAUUCUAACGAAUCGAUUCAAAUGAAAGCGUGCCCGCGAUGUAAAACACCCAUCAGAAAAUGCAUGCGAUUGAUGAAUCAUAUAAAAAAAGACUUGAAGGAUGUACUACUUGUAAAACACCAGGUAUUUACAGGCAAUCGUUUGGAUUGGAAUAAAAAACGACUUGAAUAUGUAGAAGCAUUGUCCGCCAUAUUAAGCAAUCCAAGUCUAACAGAAUAUCCGGAAUUGAAGAAGUACGUCGCAGAUUUACGUGUUAGAGGACUUCCUAUAAGGAAUCACAGAAAACAAAUUUUAAGUGCUCAGGAAAUUGAAGCGUUCAGAAUUUUAUUAGAUAUCAUGAGUCGUAUCUUAAAAAUAUUGUCUCUUGUUAAAAGUCGCAGUGUCACAUUUUACCGUUACGUAAAAGAGCAAGUUGUUAUGUUAGUAGAAGCACUUCCAACCAGAUGGCAAAUUUCUCCCCAAAAAAUUGCUGACAUUCAGUUGGAGAUUCGACGAUUAAAUUACAUGGUGGAACUAUGCAAAGAAGAUUACAUAUACAACACACUAUCACAUAAAAAAGAGUUUAGUUCGGCAUCAAACAAAUUGCUAAGUAUCAACAGGUUCACCGACAAAUUAGAAGCCGAAGUCAAAAAGGAUAUUAGCGGCUUGCAGCAUUUUGAACAAAUAAAAAUCGAACGCCAAAUGAUUCACAAAGCAAUGGGCUACAAGCAAGGUCACUGGUAUAAAUGCCCUAACGGACACAUUUAUAUGAUAACUGAGUGUGGCGGUGCAAUGGAAGUAGGCAAAUGCAACGAAUGUGGAGCCCAAAUAGGUGGCCGUCAGCACCGAUUGUUGAGCAGUAACACACUGGCGACUGAAAUGGAUGGAGCUACGAGACCCGCGUGGCCACAAGGUCCUAACGACUAUCAAUACAUGUAACUUUAAGAUUAUUCUGAACAUAAUAGUUCACAUUUAAACAAUCUUGAUUGCUAGAUUAUCAGUAUUUUCAAUAUUAUUAUUCUUGCCGAUUAUGAAAUAAAAUCGUGCCUUUUGACUAUUAUUUGUUAUUAUUAUUUUGUUAACCGGACAACACACAGUGGGAGAAAGCACGAAAAA